GUCGCUGUCUGGCGUCAUGUCUCUCUCUGUCUCUCAUGUGCUGCGCUGUUUCUCUUCUCUCCUAUAAACGGCGCUGCAUUCCUCCUCUGCCGACCCCGGAUCCCCAGACACUUAAUUGCUGCCCUCUCCGCUCCAAGCAUAUCUAGUCUUCUCUCCUUGUUUUUACCCUCCCCUCACUUCUCUCUCUUAUCUGCCUCGCCUUCUAGCAAUUCCAUUCUCUACACACCCACACCCUCACCCACAUCCAUACCAACAUGGAAUCCAUCUUCUUCGAAUACAGCCAGCCCAUGGAGCCCUCGUUCUCCAACGCCAGCUCCGAGUCGGCCCAGAUGUCUUUCGUCGGAGGUCGCUAUGCCCAGCCAUCUGAUGUCGACGUCUACCCCUCCGUUUUCGACUUCAACUACCUGCACUCGACAUACCCCUCUCCAGCCUCCAGCUUCAACACUUCCUACUGCCCGUCACCAUACCAGGGUUUCGAGGCCGCGCUCCCGCUCGAGAUCCCCGCUGGAUUGGGCAUGCAAGCCUACAUGGACACAAGCGGCCUGGGAAUCAGCGAGCCUCUGCCGUCGGCCGGUUACACUGGCACUCGCCCCAUAAUGAUCCCGCGCUCGAAUCAGGCUCAGAACUACUACGAUUCAAUGUCCUUUUCCUCGUCGCCCUACACCUACUCACCUCUCGCCCAGUCACCCAUCGCUGUUACAUCCACUCCGGCACCUGCCCAGGUGACGCGCAAAACCAAACGCAGCCAAUCUGAGAAGUUGGCUCGAAACUUCACCUGCGAGGACUGUGGUAGCUCGUUUACCCGCUUUGCAGAUGUGAGACGCCACCGGAGCAGCGUCCACAAUCCGGUGCUGAGAGAUUGCCCAGAAGAAGGCUGCUCUCGGAAGGGAAGCAUGGGAUUUCCGCGCAUGGAUCACAUGGUCGAGCAUCUCCGGUCCUAUCACCAUCAUAACAUCCCAAAACGCCCCUUCAACCCGUCGAAGCGCGCGGGCACCAAACGCAAGGCUGGCUCGAUGCUUGACAAUGCCCUUGCCAUGCGGUAAGCUGGUGCAUUGCUCCUCUCUGACGUGUUACGAGUUACGAUUUAAUGUUAUUGGGCGGCAUUUUCAUAUACCCUUCCCAAUUCUCGCAUACCCUUUGUAGACCGGUUUUUAACUUUUUUUCUUUUCACCUUUCAGUUGAUUCUUUUGGGAAGACAGUACAGUUUAGAGUUUUCAUUACAUGAUACACGAUUUAUGACAUGUUUUACCUACAACGACAGUCAGGUUACAGUGAGGCAUCCAGCUAUUCUUUUGCUAUUCUUUCGCUUUCUUUUCUUUUCUUUUCACUUCUUGUUGUUAUUUAUCUCUUUUUGUUGAUCUUGAGUCAUUUCGCAUGGCAGUGUUGUUAUCUUCAGACUUGUAUUCAUUUCUACGUUUAAUUGCUAGGUAAAGAAUAGCAUAUACAAUACACAAUAUCACUUGUAUUUCACUAUACAGUA